AUGAAGACCACUGCUCUCCUUUGCGCCGUCUUGGCCACUGCUGCCAUCGCCCAGCCCCACCAGCAUGGAAACAAGAAGCGCCAUGUCCAUGGCCAGCACCAGAAGCGUAACGUCGUUACCGAGUGGGUUACCGAGACUGCCUACGUGACCGAGUGGAUCGACGCAACCACCACCGUCUGGGUCGGUCCCGAGGGCUCUGCCACUUCCGCCCUUUCCUCUACCACCUCUGCGCCCGCUCAGUUCUUUGAACCCGCCAACCAGCCGUCCUACAGCACGCUGUCCACUUCCACGAAGGCUGUUGCUCCUCCUGCCCAGGAAUCCAGCAAGCAAGCUCCCCCUCCCGCUCCUGAGCCCAGCACCAGCUCCGUCCCUCCGCCGGCUCCCCAGACCCCGACUCCUACUCCUACGCCCGAGGUCCCGACCCCCCCACCUGCUCCUGUGCCUACCACUACCUCUGUCUAUGUUCCUCCCCCUCCUGCUGCCACGUCUACCACCCCUCAGGCCGCGCCCAGUAGCCCCUCAAGCGGCGGCGGUGACUCUCACAAGGGUGACCUGACGUACUACGCUGUCGGUUUGGGCGCCUGCGGUGAGGAUGACAGCGGCAAAGACAGGACCGACAACAUCGUCGCCAUCUCUCACCUUGUGAUGGGCGCUCAGUCUAACGGCAACCCGUAUUGCGGCCGUAAGGUCAAGAUCACCGUUAAUGGCAAGAGCACCACCGCCACCGUCCGCGACAAGUGCAUGGGCUGUGCCGCCGAUGACAUUGAUGUUAGCGAGAAGUGCUUCCUCGAGAUGUUUGACAGUCUCGGCGUCGGUCGCCAGACUGUUGAGUGGUCCUUCAUCAACUAA